CGAGGCAAUGCUUCAUUAUGCAGACCCCUCUAGAGAGCAAUGUUGGUUAGGCAUGAUCAUUAUGUUUUUUGUUACGAUUUUCCAAGAUUUUAUGCACGUAUGGUCAACUAUGAAGCCUCAAGGUUGAGCUACGGACAGCUUAUAAGGGAGUAAUACUCCUUAACUAUCAUCGGGAGUCAUUACAUGACCCCGAUCUUCGUUCUAAGGACUGUUCUGUGUGAAUUUUAAUGUUGUGUUAGCAGUGUCAUUGCAGCCGACUCGGAUGUGGAAUCCCCGAAUUAUCGAGGAUUUUCCGUUCGUCUGACCACCCUUGUGCUGUGUUUCCGUGUACGCUGUGGUCACAGAACGAUUGUUAUCGUUUGUUUUGAGCGCAUGGGGUUUAUUUAGUUUCUGUUUAGUUCGCGUUUGCUGAUAUUAUGGCUGGGAUUUUGAACAAAGACCCGUUCACUUACCAGCAAGAACAAAAUGACUUUCUGAAGGAACUCAAACAAUUUCAUUGCAAUAGAGGAACCCCAAUAACAAGAAUCCCUCGAAUAGGUGGAAAAGAAGUCGACCUGUAUUUGCUCUACCGACGAGUGAUCGGCUUCGGUGGAUGGCGAAAGGUGAAUGAUGAAGAUUUGUGGGAACAGAUCCAAGGCGACUUCCAUGUCCCCAAAUGCUGCAGUAAUGGAACCCAGGCCAUAAAACACAUCUAUAUCAGACAUUUGGACAAGUAUGAGAAGGUACACUUCCAUGGACAAGACCCAGACAGCAAGUAUGUCGAGGACGAGGGCGACACUCCAGCUCGCAAAAAGGUCUGCCUGCCUAUUUAUGGUAUCCCUAGUUCAUACAACUACAGCCAACACAGGGUACCAGAACCUAUUAGGCAGUCGCAUGGGUUUUCAACAGAUUAUGUCACGAUCAGCGAUUAUGAAAAACUGGAAAAAGCACUUAUGUCAGGCCUGCCAAAUGAGGUGGACUUUGUCAUUAAUGUGUGUACGCUGUUAUCCAAUGAAGGAAAGCAUGUGUUACGGUUGAAAAAGUCCCACCAUCUACUAAACCUGCUUAUGGCUCAUAUAGGCAUAUUUGUACCAGGGUGUGAAACUUUAGAAGAGGUGUACGAGUCCAACUGGAGAAAAUUCUUGCAUAGAGAUUUUAUACAUUUUUGGUAUGAUACAGUCAAAGAUACAGAAGCUAAGAAAUUGAUUAUAACCUCACGGAAUUAUAAUAGAAAACCCUUGAUAGGCGAAGAAGUACUCAAUCUUGGUCGUGACAGGGGCAGACAUGACUUGGAAGGACAAAGAGUGCUACAGCUGGCUGUCAUUAUAAGAAAUUUAUCUUUUGAGGAAGAAAAUGCCACUUUUAUGUCUUCAAAUGAUCUAGUCUUCAGGUUUCUGAUGUUGUGUAUACACAGUAGUUAUGGGUGUUUGCGACCGUUGGCACUGGAUACCCUUGGGAAUCUGGCUGAAAAGAUGGUGCUGAUCCCGGACAAAGAACAAACAGACAUGGUGCUAAAUCUGAUCUGUAGAUGCUUGGCUGCUGAGGAUAAGCUGGACGUGGUCAGAGGUCUGGAAAUCUUGAGUAAGCUUUGUAUGAAGGAUGAGAAUGAUGUGAUACUGGAGGAGCGACUUGAUGACCGUAUCUACGAGGACGUGAUUCGGCUGCUGGGCGUGUAUGACAUCCAGAUCAUUGUUCAUAGUUUGGAAGCCCUGUACCAAUUGUCUGAGAUUGGUGAACACUCCGCUACCAAGAUAGCUGCUGUCAAAAGAGCUGUUGAUUUCUUGGUUACGUUGCUGACGAUAGAAGCUCAAGCAUAUGGACCCAACUCAUUAGUGGGAAUCAAGGUUGUGGAGUACUGUCCCCCUUCCCAGUCUGCCGGGGAACCGUCUGCCCCAGUCAGCUCACAACCCAUGCUCCCUGCACAAAGGAAUGCUCCACAAGCUGCAGCAUUGAAACAGAGCGUACCACCUAGCUGUGACGUAGAAUCCACAACGUGCAAUUGGUUACAAAGUGCAUUUGAAAUCAAAGAUGGAGGUGAUUCCUUGUCACAACUUCAUCUCUACGCAGAAUAUAUCACCUUUUCCAAGAAGUACGCACUGCCACAGCUGUUACCAGCUCAGGCUUUCCUCAACUGUGUUAAAAUUGUGUUCCCAAAGAUUGAGAUGGUAACAUUUGGUAAGGAUGAUGGAUCACAGGAGAUAGUAUACAAAGGUCUUGUGAAGAAACUCAAUCCUCCACCAUUUGCAGUACACUGUUCAGUUAAACCUCGUAGUAGUGUUGUGCACCCAUCAGCCUUUCCUUCGACAGCAUCUAAUCCAUACGCAACUGUUGACCUAACUCAAACUCCAACACUCAGACAGCGUCUCAUGGAACCUCCCAGGUUAUCUCCCUUACAAGCAUCUCCAUCCCUUCUUCCUGCAGGUGGUGCACCAACGCCGGGGAAGAACAGUGCAAUAUCAUCGUCCACAUCUAUGUUGUUGUCAUCCAAAAUACAAGCUCAUCAGCAAUCCACAACAUCUGUACAGCAAAGAACACCUACUCGGCCACCUCAACAGCUGAAACAGAUUCAACCAGCCCCAUCUCCUCAUCUGUCACCCUCAAUUACUGUCACCAGUAAUCACAUAUCCACCCCAGUUAUCUCAUCCUCAUCCACCUUCACUUCAGUAGGCAGUGCCCAGUUAAUUCAGUCUCGUAAUGUGUCGGCGCCACAACAGCAGUUUCAACCACAGCAGGUAAUGGCCACUGGAGGACAGAAUCUUCCUGUGCUUGUUAUCCAACAGGUCUGUCAGUCAGACCCGACACAACAGGGCAACUUUCCUGUGUUUGUGCAGGAACCACAACAAAAAUCUACGGAAACUCGCAUGAUAAAAACUCUGUUGGCUAAAAAACUACGACACAACCAGUCAGGGCCAGUGCCCAUAUGUCCAAAGAUGGACCCCAGUAACCCAAUGCAGCUUCUGACUUUCACAACCCAGCAGAGCAAUGUUAUCCAGGAGCAGCUGCAACAUCCGUACAUGGUCAGCAGCCAGGGUACCACUGCUGUUCUGCCACAGUUCGACCAGCUCAGUCAGAUACAGGGCCAGGUACAGGUUAGCUUGGCAUUGGACAGUCCACAGUCAUACCAGUCUCAGUCAUCACCUUCCUCAGGAAGCAUGUGCAUCGUCCAGUCUAGUCAACUUGGGGUGAGUAAUCCCACUCCUCAACAGGGAGUCACCACCACCCAUCAGUCGCGGCCGGUCAAGUCAGAUAGAGCAGCAAAGAAAAAGAAGAGCGGCAACAGCCCAAGUUGCACGAAAUCAUCUAGUACCAACUCAUCUCGGUCAUCAUCACCAAAGAGUUUCUCCCCCAAACCACUAGCCACACCAACCCUAGGCCAGAUUCCGCCCUCCCCUAACCCUGCAUCUCCCAACCCAAUGGAUGGGGACCUAGAGGUUUGUGGAGAGAUUGAGCGUGCCAAAGAUGUGGUCACUGUGGGACAGGAGGCCAUGAUAGAGCGCGUGGAAAACAAGUGUCUCGACCGCAUCAAGAACAUGCAGAAAACAAUAACCACAACCCCCCAACCGUCCAUUCAAAAUACCAAUAUUGAUUCUGGCCCUUUGCUAGUCCCUCAUACUGCUGUCAACACCAGUCCGUUGUCCAGUAUCAAUGACCAGGUUCUGGAUACAGGUCAAGGCAGGAAUAACAUGCUUAGUGACACAGGUCAGAUCAUCUCCAGUGUCCGAAGUGAGGACCAAAUUGUUAACCCACCUACAAUGACUUCAAAUGAAUGUGGUGGCAACUCGAUCUCUGCCAUGGUUCUGCCUUCUGGGCCAGACUCAGCCAUGGCUUCUGCUACCGUAGAAAAUCAAAUUCGUGAACAAACUUUAUUUCAUCGAAACCACAAUAUGCUACAACAAGAACCACAGAACAAUUUCUCAAACAUUUUACAGGGGAAGCUGAAUGGUGAUAUUGGAGAUUCUGAAGAUAGCAUGUCUUCUGACAUAAACAAUGCUAACAACAAUCACGCAACAGAGAGGAACCUAGAGAGGACCACAACAAACCCUUCUAUCACAAAAGACUUUACAAGUGAAGAUGAUAAUGUGUCGCAGCUGGAGAGUGUGUCAGAUAUGUCAGAAACAGCUAGGGCAGCUUUGAACCUAGAGGCAAGCUACAAUGACAUGGAGAUGAACAGCAUUGACGACUGUGUGGGGGAGGGAGUGGAGGACAACUUCCUCUGUGACGAAGAGGCAAUAGAGAAAUACAACAACAUGGAUGACCAUGCUGAACAGGUCUUGGAGAACGGAGGUGGAGAAUCUCUACUGGAGGGAGAGGAUGGUGUCCUACACCCUCCUCGCAGUGAGGACAGUAAUCUGAAAGAUCUUCCUCCCAAAGAGGAAGCUGUGGUUAAGGACAAACUUGUAGAGGAUGUGUCUGCUGUGAAUGGUAUUCCAGAAUAUCAGGAGGAGAUAAUCCCUUCUCCCACACCCGAACCUAUUCUCACUAAUGGUGUGGACUCUGAAGACAGUUGCUCGGGCAUUAAAGAGGACAUUCAGAGCGCUGUAGAGUUCAAGGAGUGCAUUAACAAGUUCAGUGAAAAAGUAAUGCCAAAAAUGAACGGCAUUAUGGUAAACCAUGUCACCAAUGGUGAGAGGGACCCUUAUGAAGGGCACAGUAACGGCAUUGACUAUGAGCUCAGCAAUGAUGGAUUAAUGGGUAUUGGACAGGAGAAUGGGCGGGCAGAAGAGUCCUCCGACAAUGAGGAAGUGAAACAUGUUGUCAUUCACGCUGGUGAGGGUGACCAUGUGGUCAUCAAUUCACAGGGUUGUCUGGAGAUUAAUGGUAAAGUAACCAAUGUAGAAAACCUGCCAACAACAACAGCACCAAACUCAGCACAAGAUGAGGAUUCCGAACAAGUCCUGGCUAUAAAGAGCAUUCUUGAAGAGGCUAGCGAGGAGGAAGAGGAGGGAUACAAUAACGUGGGUGGACAGCCUGCAUGUUAUGAUCUGACAGAGGAAGGGAUGAGCAUGGAGACCGAGGAAAAUAGUGUUUCUCGUGAACCGGCAGGGGAUCCUGAUGAAGUUAUUAUUGAAAAUGAAAUGUGUUUGAAACCAUUAGGUCAGACCGACCAGUCACAGACAUCGGAUGAAAUGACCGAGGUACCAAUGGAAGAGACCUCUGUGGACCAAUGUCCAGGUCAGGACCAGAAUCGGGACACUAAUCCAGUUUUAAUUCUUGAACCAGACAGCUGUUCUCAGCCAGAACUUCCAAUGAAUGAGGACUCGACGGACAGUUUACCUGUGUUACCACAGAAUAGUGAAGACAACAAAAUAGACAUUGUGGAGGCUGCUGUGGCCUCAUGUGAUCUGCAACCCCAGGACGGUAUGGAUGAUAUUCCCUGUGCUAAUACCAUGACUGUGGGUAGUAUCGUACAAAGCAUACAGGUGAUGCCUAUCAGUAUAGGGGACAUGCCAAUAGGACAACCACUCCUGGGCCAACCCUUAUUGGGGCAGCCUCUUGUAGGACAGCCUGCCUUAGCCAGGCUGCCCUUCCCCACCAUCAUGGAUAUUAAUAUGGCAAAUAUUUCCAAUGACAAUAUGUUCAAGAUAAGCACAGGCGGUGUCAAAGUUGAAACAAGUGGUAACAACUUUAUCUACAGCCGUGCCGGCGGUCAGAUGGACUUGACUGGAGGGCAGUUACUAGUGUACGAGGAUGACAAGUCUCGGUCAUCAUCCGUCCAGGUGACGGAUGUGUGCAACUCGCGCCAUGUACCUACGCCUGAGGCAUCUCGUGACAGUGAGCUCAGCUGUGAUAGUGUCGCCUCAUCGCUCACAGACUCCUCCUCCACAGACAAACAUUCCAUAAACACUGCUAUUCAGGGCAUACACAUGGCAGUUGCUGCCGCAUCCACCUCCAUCAGAAGUGCUACCACUCCCAUCCUAACCUCCACCUCAUUCACGCCAACCACGGGCACCAAAAAAUCCAGUCAUACCUCCCGCUCAAAGUCAGGCGAAAAACGACCCAAGAAACGCAACAGAAACACAUCAGGUAGUGCUGAUUCAAGAGGUUCUUCUGCUUCAUCCACCACCAACACCAACCCACCCAGUCCAGAGUUUGUUUGUGAAUGGGCCAACUGUAAACGAUGUUUUGAGAACUCCCGGAGUGUGUUUGCUCAUGUAUGCACCACCCAUCUGGCGAGUGAUGUGGAUGGGGUCUGUCUGUGGGAAGGUUGUGAGAGGCUCCAGAGGAAGCGAUGGUCACUGUACACACACAUACAAGAUCACCACUGUUCUGAGCUGUCACUAAAGGCAGCUAAGUUACGACGACAUCAGGCCCAUAGUUCAGGCUCCACGGCAAGCACAAAACCUCACACUGUACCAGCUCUGGUAUAUCCGGGGGAUGCCGCCUGGCAGGCCAUACGCCGCUUCACACCUAAACCGCCCUAUCCCGAAUUUGUGGAACAAAGAGAAGGUCCAGUUACCAAACAUAUAAGACUCACCGCAGCUUUAGUACUCAGGAAUCUAGCCAGAUACUCUUCCCUUGGAAGGAGUUUAAUCAAGAAGCAUGAGCGCCACAUCAACCACACAGCAAUGAGUGCCCUGGAAUCCUCCAAUGCUCUAGCCAACUGCCUUUGGGAGAUCAUCAAUCAGCACUGACACAUGCCCUGUUGUACACAUCAUCCUCAUCACAGACCAAACUUCACCAACCCACAAACCAGUCUCGCAGCUUAAUGUGUGGUCACCCACACGAUCGUUAGUUGUGGUCACCAGCCAUCAUUCAUUCAUUUUCGGUCAUCCACUACUUGUUGUCAAAGGAACAAUAUAAAGCUACCCAGCCACGCGUGGCUCAUGCAUUGCCAUUGAUGAUUUGUUGUGUAUUUGUGUCGUGACCGGCACAGCUGACUUCUCAUAGUUCACCAUGGCUGUAUACCAUGUGUUCAUUUUUGUAUGUUUGUGAGAUACCAGGUGAUCCUGUUAUUAAUUAUUGUAUAAAUGUUUCCAUAUGUUGUCCAUGUGCUGAAGAGAGAAUCAUAUGUUACAGAAAUGAAAGUCCAACAGAGAUAAAUGUAUUUAAUAUAUUGUUAAACUGGGGAGUAUGAUGAAUCUAUUUUUCUUAAGUGUGGCUAGCUUGUAAUAAAUUCCUUUUUUUUUCUUUUUUUUUUUGCAUAUUUAAUUACCUUGGUCGUUGAAAGAAAAUAUAUGAUUAUAAAUAUAUACAGGAGGGUUCAUUCCUUGGAGCUGUAAUGUUUAAUUUAUGUUUAGAUAUAGUUUCAAUGAAAUGUUUGUUUUGUAGAUGAAACGUUGAAAAUGUAACUUGAUAUCAAUUCUAUUAUUUAUGAAGCAAAUGAAAUUUUUUCUCAACCCACAAAAUUCAUGUCAUUAAACCUGUAGUACAUUUUUUCAAUUUCACAACCAAAAGAAUGUGUCAUUGUUUCAAAUAUAAGUUUUAAAUAAAAAUCUUUCUGUAUCUGUUGCUUUCCGUUACUAUUUUGUUAAUUGCUGACGUCAUGCUGGAGUCAGUUAUUAGUCUUUAACAUCAGAAUUCUUACAGGUUCAAGCUACAAAUCAAAUUUUCAAAUUAAAAGUUUCUCAAACAAUGUA